GGGCGUGUCCUCUCGUUGUCCCCUCAGCUCUCCUCCCCCGGCGGCCAUGGCCCUUCCCGGCAUUCCCUAUGAGCAGCGGCUUCUCAUCAUGGCGGACCCGCGGGAGAAGGCGCUGCAGGACUACAGGAAGAAGCUGCUGGAGCACAAGGAGAUAGACGGCCGCCUGAAGGAGUUAAGGGAACAGUUGAAGGAACUGACUAAGCAAUAUGAGAAGUCCGAGAACGACCUGAAGGCUCUGCAGAGUGUGGGGCAGAUUGUCGGGGAAGUUCUUAAGCAGCUCACAGAAGAAAAAUUCAUUGUCAAAGCUACAAACGGGCCAAGAUAUGUUGUCGGGUGUCGUCGACAACUGGACAAAAGCAAACUGAAGCCGGGGACGCGAGUAGCUUUAGACAUGACAACACUCACUAUUAUGCGUUACCUGCCCCGAGAGGUGGAUCCGCUCGUGUAUAACAUGUCUCACGAGGACCCUGGAGACGUCUCCUAUUCUGAAAUCGGAGGACUGUCUGAGCAGAUCCGAGAGCUCAGGGAGGUCAUCGAGCUCCCGCUCACUAAUCCAGAGCUGUUCCAGCGUGUCGGAAUCAUUCCUCCGAAAGGCUGCUUGCUGUACGGCCCCCCAGGUACUGGAAAGACGCUCCUGGCUCGAGCUGUUGCCAGUCAGCUGGAUUGCAAUUUCUUGAAGGUUGUGUCUAGUUCUAUUGUAGAUAAAUACAUUGGUGAAAGUGCCAGGCUUAUUAGAGAAAUGUUCAACUAUGCCAGGGACCACCAGCCAUGUAUCAUCUUCAUGGAUGAAAUUGAUGCUAUAGGUGGUCGGCGGUUUUCUGAGGGUACGUCAGCUGAUCGUGAGAUUCAGAGAACUCUAAUGGAGUUGUUGAAUCAGAUGGAUGGGUUUGACACUCUGCACAGAGUGAAAAUGAUCAUGGCCACCAACAGACCAGAUACACUGGACCCGGCCUUGUUGCGUCCCGGGAGACUUGACCGUAAAAUUCACAUUGAACUGCCCAAUGAGCAAGCCAGGCUAGAUAUUCUGAAGAUUCACGCAGGUCCCAUUACCAAACAUGGAGAAAUAGAUUAUGAAGCCAUCGUGAAGCUUUCAGAUGGGUUUAAUGGGGCAGAUUUGAGGAAUGUCUGCACUGAAGCUGGGAUGUUCGCCAUUCGGGCAGAUCACGAUUUUGUCGUCCAGGAGGAUUUCAUGAAGGCGGUCAGGAAAGUUGCCGAUUCCAAGAAGCUGGAGUCUAAGCUGGAUUAUAAGCCUGUCUAACGGGAAGAGACUGCAUGGGUGAUCUGUGGCUUGUGUUAGAGGUCUCCGUUCCUCUAGGGUUUGGUUGUCUUAUAUUAAAGUACAUUAAAAAAAAACAAUCGUCAGAAUUUAGUAGUCCGAUAAUUUCGGGAGACAGUCUGCUCCGCGAGGCUCCUGUAACAAUAAUACACAGCCUAUGCAGUUCAUGCAUCGCAAAAAAAAAAAUCCUUGCUGCCCAACGGUGGCGGUAAAGUUGGGAGAUGAAGAAAACAACAUGGCAGAUUUUAAGAGUUACUGUGUUUCGUAAAAUAUUUUAUAUGAAUUGAUUUUUGUCCUUUUUUUUUUUUUCUGAGGUAAAUAAUAAACCAUGUUUAAAGCGGGUGACGUUCUUCCAGCGUAAGAAUCGAAUCAC